UCCCCUCAGACCCACCGAGGCCGGCACCCCGAGGCGGGGAUGCGCUGCGGGGCCGGGGCGGGCGGCCGGACACCGCGAUGAGGGGCGCCGGGGGCUGCUGGAAGCGGCUGCGGCUCAGGGGCCGGCGGAGGAGCUCGGCCGCCUUCCUCCUGGCUUGGGCCGCCUGCUGGCUGGGGCUCAGCGCCUCGCUCCUCGCCCUCCUCCGCCGGGGAGCCUUCCCCGGGCGCUGCACGGACGAGAGCGGCCGCAGCAUCCUGGCCAGGCUGUGUCUUGACUACAGCAGCGGAGCCCUGACCGGCGACCUCUGUGAGGACCUGUGUGUGGCACAGAAGCUGGUGUACAAACACUGCCUGUACUACGACAGAGGGAAGAAGGUCAUCCAGGCUGACUGGAGAGGCCAGCCCAUCAUCCUGAAAUCCAAAAAGGAAAUCUUCUCCAGCUACCAGCAUCUCAGCAUACUAGAGGAGGUGGAAACACAGGAUAUCACCGAAACGGAGCUCCUGCUGAUGGCAGCCUUGGAGGUCAAAAAUGUUCUGGGUCUGGAACUGUCCAACAACACCAUGGGGCCCCUGUGGACAAGGAGGAAGGGACCCCAUUGGAAAGCACAGGUGGCCAGCAUGUGGUCCUUGCUCCAGCAGGAGGAAUAUAUCUUCUUCAGUUUGCUUCAGGACUUCAGCAAACAUGUGCUACGAAUUAUUGGCUCUUGUGGACACUUCUAUGCCGUGGAGUAUCUCACAGCUGGACAUGCCUGGCACAAAACUCUUUUUCCCUUGGAAGACAUGGUUGGUCCCUCCCUUACUGGCCACAGAAGCAGAGUGAGAGCCAUCAUUGACAUCGCACUCAGCUUUCUGGACAUGGUGCAGCAUUUCGAUAAUGAUUUCUCUCACCGACUUCACCUGUGUGACAUCAAACCAGAAAACUUUGCUAUCAGGCACGAUCUCACGGUGGUGGCCAUCGAUGUGGAUAUGGCCUUUUUUGAGCCCAAAAUGAGGGACAUCCUUGAACAGAACUGCACAGGAGAUGACGACUGUAAUUUUUUUGAUUGCUUUUCAAAAUGCAAUCUGAAAAUCAGAAAAUGUGGAGCACAGAGAGCCAAUAACAACUUGCAAGUCAUCUGUGACAAAAUAUUCCGCCGAUGGUUUUCUCCCAGCCUCAGAGGGCCGCUGGUUUCCUUCCCCCUGCAGCCGCAGCUGCAGAAAGCUGUGCAGGAGUGUGCAGAGCUGGGGCGUGUGGAUGCUGCUGCGCACCAGAGACCCCUGAAUUCUCUCUCCGAAUUGUACCACCUGCUUCGGGUCAGUCAGCGAGAACUGCUGAGGGCAGAGUAGACACAAAAGGCACAACUGCGAAGGCCACAGCACAGCCAGUGCUAAGGGACACCGCGUGCGAGGCAGCCUGUGUUUUCCGUCCCCCUCCUUCACCCCUCCUGCCCACUGCGUUACAUUCACGGCGUGCAGAUAGGUUUUCUGCUGUGCAAAUGAAAUUCAUGGCUGCAGGUGCAGCACGUCUUGUUAAUAUCCUUUGAAGUGUGAAAUUGUUUUACAUUACCUGAUUCCACUCUUGCUUAUUUUCCCGAGCUAGUGCUAGUGCAUCUGCCUGAAUGCUGGGCAUCCUCUUAUGUAUGGGUGGUGCUCUGAAAAUGAAAACAGUAAGUGCAGCACAUCUAAUAUCAAUAAUUAACACAGUGGAUGGUUGGGUGUGGAGAAAUAUGUGCAUGAUGUUUAUUUUUAUUUCACUGUAGAAUAAAGAUUUUAAAAGCGA